AUGUCGGAAAAACGUCCAGAGUCUCCCUCAUGCCCCUACGGCUGGCUAUCCCGCUGUCUACGAUGGCCAUACCUCCUGACCUUCGCCCUUCUCGACAUCGCCAUGGUCAUCACCAUAAUCGUUCUAACAAUUGAAUCGUCUCAGAAGGGUGGCUUCGUUACACUCGCUACACACAACACUACAUCGGCCGACCAAAACUCUGUCACAUUCAACGUCCCCUGGAACCUCGGUUUACUCUGGACCUCUCUCCCCAGCCUCGCAUUCUCCCUUUUCGGCGCGUACUGGACGUGGAUUGCGAGCUCGCUUGCAGAACGACAACCAUACGUCGAGCUGCGCAAAGCCGGCGGCGCUGAUGCCGAGGUGUCGAUUCUCCUGGACUAUCGCGUUGUUGCCACCGUCUGGCGCUGGUGGGGAGCCUUUCGAAAGUCGCACUUCACAGUGGGCACAAUGACUCUGCUCUCCGUGUUUCUGUCCUACCUCAUCGCACCCCUCGCUGCACGUUUAUUCGUGGCGCAAGCCGUGGCAGCGUCCCAGCCAGUUUCGAUUGCUUAUACCAAAGCAUACAACAUCGACAACAUCAAUGCCACUCUGGACUGGCGACCUGUUCUGGACACAGUCUCAGCAACACUGCUUUACGGGGGCAACAGCAUACCCUGGACAGAUGGUGAGCGUGCCUACCGCCCAUUUGCUGCCAACUCUCAAUUGGCCCCUAAGUCCGCAAUGGCGGCGAACACGACGGCAUAUUCUGGUUAUCUGAGCUGCGAGCUAGUCAAGGAUUACACAGUAACGUCCAACGGAGACUCAGUUCAGGUUUCCGGGAGCGAUAGAGGUUGCGACUUCAAGCAGAGCUUUACCGUCAUCAACACGCAGGAGACAUACCUCAAGACAACGGUGGAGUUUGAUUGCUCAGCCAAUGCACAUUACAGUCGUCUGGUGUUCACGGCUGCCAGAUAUUCAAAUUCAGCCAGCAACAACAUCGACAACAUCAGCGUCAUAUCCUGUGCCACCGGAUACCGCCAAGUCGCAGGGACCUUGAGAGUUUCGUCACCAGCGAGCACCCCAACCGUUGUGUCAUUCGUCGAAACCGGUGAGCCAGACACCAGCCGUCCCAAGUUGUGGAGAGUCUUCGAACAAGGAAUCCUUGGGCCCGUGACUUUCAACCCACAGGCAAAGUGGUCCACGACAGACAUGGGCAACUUAAUAUUGUACUACGCGCAGCGAGCACGGGCAUCGAACCCGUUGGGAUCAGAGGCACUGAUGGAGGCGAUCCCGAAGGUCUUUACGGCCAUUUACAUGAACGCAGUCGCCAUUCACGGGUUUGAUGGACUCACAAACCUCGAGACCGCUAGUGGAACAGCCUUUGUGCCUACAACGCGCCUGUUUGUCGUUCCUUGGGUCGCGUACGUCAUCAUCGUGUUCUUGGCCGUGACCCUAUGCUCCGUCGGCUUCGUGUUCUUCCGUCUCCAGGACACGCCAUCGAUCCUGACCGAGGAGCCGCAGGGACUACUGUCAAUGGCCGCCAUUCUCGAGAAGAGCGAGCUUCUUGAGGUCGUCUCUGACAUCCGUCAGGAGGACGGGUUUACCGGUGGGAUAUGGGAAAAAGGGAUGGCACGUUGGGAUGUAAAGGGCAGAAAGUGGGUGGCAGUGAUGAACCCCGAAACUAGGAACUGGGUUGUGAGAGCGGCCCGAAACGUGGAGUCGAUGACUCCGCAAGAGCUUUAG